GGAAUACCGUGAUUACUUCUGAAAGCCGUGCUACCGAACCAAAACAAACCGCGUAGGGUAAUUUUUCUUUCAUUGCAAGUAAAAUAAGUGCUCGAAAAUGGCUCAGAAGAGAUCCUCUGAAAUGGUUGUUGCCAUUCCGGAUGCCAAAAAGUCCCGCAGCGAUAUUGUAGCCUACACAAAUCGGGAUAAAGCUCUUAUGCAGACGGGCAUCCCGCGAACAUCAAACUUGUUCGCCCCCAUUAUGCUCCUCGAGGGACAUCAAGGGGAUAUUUUUACAUGUGAAUUUCACCCAGAAGGCCAGAUUAUUCUCUCCAGUGGUUUCGAUCGGCAGAUUUUGAUUUGGAAGGUAUUUGAUGAGUGUGAAAAUAUUGGUCUCAUGACUGGUCACACGGGAUCCGUUAUGGAGGCUCACUUCUCUCCGGAUGGAAGCAACAUCUUCACCUGUUCCACAGAUAAUACCGUAGCUAUUUGGGAUGUACCCACGUGCCAGCGCAUCCGGAAGCUAAAGGGACAUGGAAAUUUUGUGAAUUCCGUUCAGGGAGCCCGGAGAGGGCCACAAAUUCUCGUAUCCGGAAGCGAUGACAACACGAUUAAGUUGUGGGACUCACGGAAGCGCUACGCUACAGCCACCCUGGAAGCUACGUACCAAGUAACAGCGGUGGGAUUUAAUGAUACAGCUGAACAGAUUGUGAGUGGGGGCAUUGAUAAUGAUGUGAAAAUUUGGGAUUUGCGCAAAAAUGAAGUUCUUCACCGUCUUCGGGGGCACACCGACACUAUCACGGGAAUUGCUCUCUCCCCGGAUGGAUCGUACAUCCUUACCAAUUCCAUGGACAAUACCUUGCGGAUUUGGGAUAUUCGUCCGUAUGCCCCAACCGAGCGGUGCGUGAAGAUCUUCUCAGGGCAUCAGCAUAACUUCGAGAAGAAUCUCCUGCGGUGUGCGUGGUCCAAGGAUGGGACGCUGGUCAGCUGUGGCUCUGCCGAUCGCUUCGUUUACAUCUGGGACACUACGACCAGGCAGAUCAAAUAUAAACUCCCUGGGCACAAUGGGAGCGUAAAUGAUGUAGAUUUUCACCCUGAGGAACCUAUUGUUGUCUCAGCGUCCAGCGACAAGACAUUGUAUGUCGGAGAAAUUGAAUAAAUUUAAUACAAAGCUGCAAA